AUUAAUUGAUUGGAUACCCGAGAAGCAUAAGCUUCUACGACGAUAGGCGUAAAGGCAUGAUUAGUUCCACAAAUCUCACUAGUAAACCCCUUCUCGUUGUACCGAAAUAGAUAUCUGAUUUAAACCACCAGGUACAGCAUCACUCUAUUGUCCACUUCUAAUUCUCAACAAACAAAAAAACACAAAUAGGGUCUGUAGGGUUUAACGCUUUACGACAGAGACAUGGUGUUUUCAGAAGAAGAACUAACCAAACUAUUCAGAGUCUACAAAACAGUAGUACAAAUGAUAAACGACAGAAACUACGUCGUUUCAGAUUCCGACCUAACCAUGUCGAAACAAGAUUUCAAAUCCAAAUUCGGAGAACACGUUAAGAGAGAAGACCUAGUUAUUAAAGCACCCAAUAGAGAUAAAUCUUCUGAUCAAAUCUAUGUGUUCUUUUGUGAUGACGCUAAAGUUAGUGUUAGGGUUGUUAGAAGUUUUUUUAACCGUAUGACGACUGAUAAUGUUGGUAGAGGGAUUAUUGUUUGUCAGAGUCAGCUUACUGGACCUGCCAGGAAUGCUCUCGGUGAAAUUUCUUCGUCCAAACAUCGGAUUGAAAUCUUUCUGGAGGAUGAACUGUUGGUGAACGUAACACAUCACGAGCUUGUGCCAGAACAUCAGGUGCUCACUGACAAUGAGAAGAAAGCCUUGCUCCAGAAAUACACUGUCAAAGAAACUCAGCUACCUAGAAUCCUGAUGACGGAUCCUGUUGCGAGAUACUUUGGACUAAAGCGUGGACAAGUUGUGAGGAUUAUCCGGAAGAGUGAGACUGCGGGCAGAUAUGUUACGUACCGAUUUGUCGUAUAAGGAUUUUGUUGAGAUCAUCAGCCAUAUACUACUUUUGCAAUGUGUUACCUACUAAUAUUUCUGCAAAGCAUGCAUAGUGAUUGUAUAACUUUCAUUUUAUUUAAUGUAUUACAAUGACAAAACAACAUGACAUAAGUUGUUAUGGUUGGUAAUGUCAGUCAUUUAUAUUAUACUUUAUUGACCUCUAAA